GGCCCGGCGCUCCCUCCCUCUCUCUCUCUCUCUCUCUCUUUCCACUUUCGCUUCUCAUCUUCUCCACCACCACCUCCUCCUCCUCCUCCUCCUCCUCCAUAUCAUUGCACGUUCGCAUUUCCAUUUCCUGGUUCCCCAAUUUCCUGCGACUUUCCUCUCGCGGUCUGUCGAGUCUUCUUCCCCACUUUUCUUUCUCGAGCUAAAGAAGCACUGCUCCAUACGGAAAGUCCUCUUCCAUCCCGUCCAGCCUCCCUUCCCCCUCCUUACCCUCCUGCUCAUCAUUAGCAUCCUCCCCCCGUUCAAUCACUUCCCCUUCAAAAUCCCCUCCCCCUUUACUAAUAGAGGGGAGCAGGGCAACGGGCUUUUGCUGAAUUCUUGAAAAAGGCGGGGAGGGGGUCAUUGGGAAGCGUUCUUAUGGGCAAUUGCUUGCGCUCUUCUGCUAAAGUAGAAGCUACCCAGAGCUCCCGUUCCACUUUGGAGAGUUAGCUUCCAUGACUGCGGAUAUCUUACUUGAGUGUUCGGACGUUCGAGAUGAGAGCUUAGGAUCCAAUGCGAUGGCUAUUCCCACAUUGAACCAGGAAACAUGACUCUGUGAGACUGAAUUUGCUAGGAGAGACUCAUCUUUUUUUGGUUGUUGGGCUUUGAGGAGUCUCGAAAAACUCCAGCAAAACCAGCCGUUUAUCAACUCGCUCGAGCUUCACCACGCUAUCCUGCAGCGACAGGAGCAAUGCUUCGACUGCAAGUCUUCCGAUGCCAAGGUCGGAAGGAGAGAUCUUGUCCUCUCCAAAUUUGAAAGCAUUCACAUUCGGUGAGCUGCGGAAUGCCACCAGGAACUUCCGUCCGGAUAGCCUUCUUGGUGAAGGGGGAUUUGGGUAUGUCUUCAAAGGAUGGAUCGAUGAAGUCACUUUAGCUGCUGCAAAACCUGGAUCAGGAAUGGUUGUGGCGGUCAAGAAACUUAAGCCCGAAGGUUUUCAAGGCCACAAGGAGUGGUUGACAGAAGUUGAUUACCUUGGUCAACUCCAUCAUCCAAAUCUGGUCAAAUUAAUUGGAUACUGUGUGGAAGGUGAAAAUCGACUGUUGGUCUAUGAAUUUAUGCCCAAGGGGAGCUUGGAGAACCAUCUUUUCAGGAGAGGGCCACAGCCUCUUUCUUGGGCGACAAGAAUCAAAGUGGCUGUAGGUGCUGCCCGUGGGCUCUCUUUUCUACACGAUGCCAAAUCACCCGUAAUAUACCGUGAUUUCAAGGCAUCAAAUAUCCUUCUUGAUGCGGAAUACAAUGCAAAACUGUCCGAUUUUGGAUUGGCCAAGGCUGGGCCAACUGGUGACAAGACUCACGUGUCUACCCAAGUCAUGGGUACUCACGGGUAUGCAGCACCUGAAUAUGUUGCUACUGGACGUUUGACUGCUAAGAGUGAUGUCUACAGUUUCGGGGUCGUGUUGCUAGAACUGUUGUCUGGCAGGCGUGCAGUCGACAAAUUGAAAGUCGGGGUGGAGCAAAAUCUGGUGGAUUGGGCAAGACCCUAUUUAGGCGACAAAAGAAAACUGUUUCGGGUAAUGGACACCAAAUUGGAGGGCCAAUAUCCCCAGAAAGGAGCCUAUACAGCUGCAUCACUCGCUUUACAAUGCCUGAAUGGCGAGGCCAAAGCUAGGCCUAAGAUGUCCGAGGUUUUGGUGAGCCUUGAAGAGCUUGAGGCUCCCAAAAGUGGAGCCAAGCAUUACCCAUCCGACCAUCACACUUUUCUGUCCACGCCGCCGAAGUCCCCUCUGAAGCAGCAGCGAUCUCCAGUUAAUUUGACACCGAGGGCGUCACCAUUGCGGUCUCAGAGGCAUUUGGCGCAUGUCUGAUGAGGAGGACGAAGGCCUUGUGUUUGUAUAAAGGUUUCUUUCACAUACAUAAUGUGGUUUUGAUAGGUGUGCUAUACGAGUGUAGAAUGUCUGACGAAAUUUUUGCACCCUCAGUUAAUAUGUGCUUCUCAUCGGUGUAUCUUCUGUCACUUCAUGAGCUUCAUUUCUCUUUCGCUUUGCUUGGUGGCUGGUUUCAGUAAUUGAUGCUUAUGAUUCUCUCUC